CCGCGGAUCGUCCAGUCGGCAGCUUCCGUCCCGCCGCGGAAGCUUGUCAGCCAUUGUAGUUCUGUUCGCCGGUUCCUGUGGGUUGAGUCCGUGGAUUUGCCGAGCUGUCGAGACGAGCGCGUUGUUCGCUGGCGAGUCACCUCGCUCGCGCGACAGCGUUCGUAUUUUACGCGAAGGCCAAGUCCACUAACUCGACGAACGCUAUCCCGCCGCCGCCACCGUUGUCGUCGCUGCCGCCGCCAGCUGACCACCGAUCGUGACACACUUUAAGAUCGUGCAACUUCAGCAACCCAACGAGUUCUCGUCGUCAACCGACGCAAAGCUACACUCUUUCCCAAUCGAUACCAGGAUGUACAACGGAUAUUCCGCGCACGGCAGUUAUAGGCCUAGACCAAAUCGAGACUUUGGCAAUCGCAGUGGAGGGAAUGGAGGAACAUACUGGAACAGUCAGCAGCAGAGCCAGAAAGAUUAUGGCACGAAGAAGCAGAAUCACAGGAAGGCUCCUGGUGAUCUGCUCAAGAAACCUAACUGGGACAUGACUGCACUGCCGUUGAUACAAAAGAAUCUGUACAUUCCCCAUAGCAAUGUUUUGAACAGAACUCCUGAUGAGAUUAACAAAUAUCAUGCAGGCAAGGAGAUCACUGUUAAAGGCAACAACACACCUUCCCCAAUUCAAGCUUUUGAGGAGAGCAACUUCCCAGACUAUGUAAUGGAAGAAAUCAGGAAACAGGGAUUCGCUGAACCCACAGCCAUACAAGCUCAGGGUUGGCCAAUUGCACUUAGUGGACGAGAUCUCGUCGGAAUAGCUCAAACUGGAUCUGGAAAGACUUUGGCAUACAUCCUUCCGGCGACUGUGCACAUUAAUCAUCAGCCUCGCCUCAGCCGUGGCGAUGGUCCGAUCGUCCUAAUCCUUGCUCCCACCCGCGAAUUGGCUCAACAAAUCCAGACAGUCGCACGCGACUUUGGUUCAUCCUCGUGCAUCCGCAACACUUGCAUCUUCGGUGGCUCGCCGAAGGGGCCUCAGGCUCGAGAUCUUGAGCGCGGAGUGGAGAUCUGCAUUGCGACGCCCGGCAGAUUGAUCGAUUUCCUCGAGAAAGGCACUACAAACUUGCGUAGGUGCACCUACUUAGUGCUGGACGAAGCUGAUCGCAUGUUGGAUAUGGGCUUUGAACCGCAAAUUCGCAAAAUCAUCGAACAGAUCAGACCCGACCGGCAAGUGCUUAUGUGGUCCGCCACUUGGCCCAAAGAGGUGCAGGCUCUCGCUGAGGACUUCCUCAAUGAUUAUAUCCAGAUCAAUAUUGGCUCCUUAACAUUAGCGGCUAAUCACAACAUCCGGCAAAUCAUCGAAAUAUGCCAAGAGCACGAGAAGGAAUCUAAACUGUCACAAUUAUUGCGCGAGAUCGCGACAGAACGUGGCAGCAAGAUGAUCAUCUUCGUAGAGACGAAAAAGAAAGUGGACGACAUCACGAAAGCGAUCAAACGCGAGGGCUGGUCCGCCAUAUCAAUUCAUGGCGACAAAUCUCAGCCAGAACGCGAUUACGUGCUGUCGGAAUUCCGCAACGGCAAAACCAUGAUCUUGGUAGCGACCGACGUGGCGGCGCGCGGUUUAGAUGUCGAAGAUGUCAAAUAUGUCAUCAACUUUGACUACCCUAACAGCUCUGAAGACUACAUCCACAGGAUCGGCAGAACUGGUCGCUGCCAGAGUGCAGGCACCGCUUACGCUUAUUUUACACCGAACAACGCAAGACAGGCGAAAGAGCUAAUCGCGGUGCUGGAGGAAGCCGGCCAAGCUAUAAAUCCGCAACUGGCGGAUAUGGCGAACUCCAUCAGGGGCCAAUAUGGUAAAGGACGGCAGCGAUGGAGCCACGGACGUGGCGGCAAUAAAGAUAACAACUUGCACGGAAGUCCCAGAAACAACAUCAGCCCGACUAUAAACAACUGGCAGAGUCAGCAUAUUCCGCAAGUAAGCCAACAUGGACAUCAACAGGCUAAUCCGGAGAAAACUGUAGCGCGUCAUCAGCGCAACGGUGGUGUUGGUGGUGGUUACCAAGUCAAUCGCCAGACCAACUACCAACCUCAGCACUCUUAUCAACAGCAACAUCAGCAACGACAGCCCACCUCCGGCUACCAAAAUGGCUAUCAGGCUACUACCAAUGCGUGUCAGCCUACUCAUCAGACUAAUAGCAGUGCGCCUAGGUACCAAGGCAGGACCGGAUACCAGGGUAAUCGCUUCCGGCAGAACGGCUUCAAUGGUGGCCAGAGCGGACCCAAUGUGUACUCAAUGCCGCCGCCUUUUAUGAUGCCAUCCGGCGGCCACACUGACUCUGGGAUCCAAAGCCUCGUGAACAAUAAAUUCUUCCAGACAAACCGACCGCCUCCGAAUGCCGGCGCCUGCGCUUAUCAGUCGAUGGGCUAUGGUCAGUUUCAGGCUAUGCCGCCGUACGGAUACCCGUAUCCUCCCACGCCGGUGCAGCAGUGACGCCUCCCGCGCUGCAAAACCGCCGGAGUACGAGCUAAAUGAGAAGUAGGUAAGUUGGUCCCGCCUAUCGGGUACUAUUGGGUCCCUAUUGGUGUGACAGUGGGCCCAAUUUGGUUAUGGUAGACUGUCGAUAAUAAUUAACCAGUCGUAGAAUUUACGGGAAUUCUAUCUGAGAGUUCAAAUAUUCUAGAAGUGGAAUUUGUGCUUCGAUCAUUUCAAAAUUUGGUGACCCGAUUGUGGGAAUUUUUACACCUCGUCGAAAGAAAUUAAUAUUAUGUUUUCUAUUGGGAAAAAAGAAAAUUCUACUGGUGUUCUCCUCCUGAGUUUUCAAGGAGAAGUAGAAUCGUAGGAAUUUGCUUUCCGCUAGAAGUCACGAUUGAAUGCCUUGCCUCCUCAGAGGUUUCCGACAACACUAAAAUUUUAAAGAAUCGACAGUCUACUGCGUCAUAUUUAAUGUGUAAUAAUCUUGUUCUUACUUUUUUUUCGUUUAUUCUUUUUCUGGAAUUGUGCCGGUUCAUGUCUCUUUUUAAACGUUUUUUUUUCGAUAUCUUGAUUAAUUGAAUGAAUAAUUAAUCGAGCAGUCGUAUUACAGAUAGAAAAGUUUGAUUUUUGUUUGUUGCCGUCACAGUUCAGAGAUUGAUGUUUCAGAUGUAUAAAUUUAAAUUUAGAGGUUGAUCUUUAACAAUUUGAGUCUAACUUACUAUGAGUUAUUAUUUAACUAAAUUAUUACUUGAUAACUGGUUUUACGUUGUAUGCGAUUGUAUGGGAGCCUCUAAAGUAAUUGCUUCCGGUUGAAAUGUUGACUGUACAAUUGUACGGUCGAGAAAACGUAAAUGGGUUAUAUAAUUAAAAAAUAAUAAACUAUUAAAUUACAAAAAUAAUAUAUAUAAAUAAAAGCAUAUAAACAUUUUAAGGUGCUACGUACCUGAGCACUUUCCAGUCGAAUAUUUUUAAUAUAGCAUA